GCCCAGAGCUCGCCAAAGAGGCUUCCAGAAGCCUCUGUCGAUGAGGAGUCGGACGAGGAGAUCAAGGACAUCAAAAGCGGCAUCCGGUCCCAACUGUUGAGUUGGGCCAAAGACCCGGGCAUGCCGAUGGAUGAGCAGAAGCGCUGCGUCAGACAGCUUCUGGCUCAAUGGCACCCCGACAAGAACCGGCACAUCGGGCCGACGGCAACGCGCAUCUUCCAGUUUAUCCAGGAGGAGGUGGAGCGCAUCGUUGCACAACUGGGUGCCGCUGCAGACGCCGCUGCGAGGCGGCAGGCUGAUGCAGCUGAGCGGAAGGCCCAACGAUCGGCCGAGAAGUCGGCAAAGGCCUCGGCGCUCGAGGCGGCGAGACAGGAGAA